AUGACGGUGUCAGCCCACUCAGCACAGGACUCGACGUUCGAGCAUCGAAACGGCAGCACCAUCGUGGACACGGCCGCCGUGUUCCUGGCCGCGCCGAUCCGCCACCACCUCUGGGAUCUGGCCGAGGUGGUGCGCGCCAGCGGCCUCCAAGCCGCGCUGGCCGCCGGGGUCUUCGUGGGCGGCGCCAGGGUCGUGGAGGUCGUCCUCGACGAGCGGCGGUCGGCGCUGUGCGGCCGCGCGUUCGUGUGCGCCGCCGGCUUCGCGUGCGCCGAGCCCACGCGCCGCGGCCGCGCGCCCGUCUGCUCCUCGCGCUGCCACGCGGGGUUCUGCCUCAACGACGGCGUCUGCAGCCACCGGCCUCCGGAGGGACCCGCGUGCCGGUGCCCCGUGGGGGAGGAUUUUUGGUUUGUGGGGCCGCACUGCGACGAGAAGGUGACGGCCGAGAGCCAGGGCCUGGGCCGCGUGGCCGGGGUCGCCCUGGGGGUCGCCAUGGCCCUGGCGGCCGCCGUGACCACCCUGGCGGUGCUCGUGGCGAGGAGGAGGAGGGGCAGGAGACAGUGCCAGCACGUGACCCCCGCAGUGAAGGACACGGAGCAGGAGCACAGCAGCAGUUACCGGCGCUUCAGCCGCUGCGACGAGAUCUGGUCGCGACCGGCACGGAGCUCCUGGACCUGGGGAUCGGCGCGGUCCCUGGCGAGCGAAGAGGCGGCGGCGGCUGCGGCCGUGCCGGCGGGACCCACGGCCCGGGGUCCGAACGCUGCCCCCGUCGGUCACCCUCGCGGAGGCCUGGGGCGGGACGGGCGAGCAGGAAUCAGUUUGCAGUCGGGACUCAACGUCCUGGACUCGGGCCUAGCGAGCGACACGUCGGCCUCCAGCCUGGACCGGGGCGGCCCGGCCGUCGUCCACCGGCCCAGCCGCUCCCCCGGCCCUCGUCGUCAGCCAGCGCACAUAUCUCCCCGGCUUCUGAACAGGCGGCCGUACUCGUACUGCGAAGGCCUGGAGCUUGUGGAGAUGGACUGGCUGUGCAAUGCUGACACGAACUGCCAACGAUGAACGCCACUAAGAAUGGUGGUAAAAAAAAGUGAACUGUCACCGGCAAAAAAAACCGUGAACUGUCGGUUGUAAAAUAGAUUAACUGUGUGGGGUAAAAUCCCUUGACUGUCAGCUACGAUAAUGUUGUAUGGAAGAGGAGCAGCAGCAUUUUACAGUUUGGCAUUAAGUGUUGAAUAUCCAGUCAAGUUCUUAGGGAGAUGCAGAGUUCAUUUUCAGAGAUGUUUCCAGUGGGGAAUGAGCAACAGUGGACAUUUGUGUUGACUAGACGUUCCAUUGCUGUUCACAGCAUUCACUCUGUUGAGUGUAAUUGAGUCUGCAUAUGUGCAGAAACCAUGCGGUGAAUGAGUGUGCAUGAGUGAGUUAAGGAGGAGGGGAGCGGUAGUGUAGUGGUUAGCGCGCUGCACUAGGAACCCGGCGACCGAAGUUCGAUUCCGGCUCACGGUUAACACCAGUAACGAUUAU